AUGGCUCUGCGGGUGUUCCAGAUCCAAGGUAGUAUAUCGGAGAUGCGACAUGCUGUUAAUAUACGAGUUGACGUAAUGCACGAGGAGGUUUUAAACGAAUUAAAAUUGUCGAUGACAAGGAAGAAGCAGGUUCAACCAGACGACGAGUGUAAUGUCGAGAGUGAGCUAGGCUUGCGUCGUGGUAGUUCCUUAAAGAUCUCACGGACGGGCAACAAUCAUGUCGCGCAAGAACGCCUGACGAAUACGAGAUCUUCGCCGUCGUCGACGUUGCCGUUGUCAACGUCUUCUUCGACCGUGUCGACGGACAGAUGCACAGGUGGCGGCGGAAACAACAAAUCGUUCCGGUCCGUCAGGCGAUACGUACCUGAAGCUGCGAGUGACGCACCUGCGCCGGAGUACCUCGCUAGAAGCCUCCUGCAACUUGGAUGUCCUGCAGUGUCGAUGCCCACACCCCGAGGCGGUGUCGGGUCGGAGCAACCGCCGAGCAGCGACAGCGAUGACUAUACAGCUACCCAUCACCAACAAGGUGCGGGUGGUUAUGGACAAAACUUGGAUGGUUACACCGUGCCCAAAGUCAAGGUGUCGAGCCCAUCAAACGCCAAUGAAUCCGCUUCCAUCAUCAAUGGGUCUGCGGGGUCCAUAGGCGCGCGAUCGGCACCCAGCACGCCUCUACAAGCUGCUCCCGAAGCCGGGGGCCAACAAUCGAUCAGCGGGUCUCAACUCACCGUGGCCGGCGCCAGCUAUCCUCAGCCUCCGAGGAGUCCUAGUCACGCGGCCUUGAAAUGUAAUGACAGUCACCUUUCAAAGCCACUGAGUAGGAGUACUCCAUCGAUGGCAGCUGGCGGCGUGCAAACUCCAGCAAAGGUUAGCAGAGCCUCGUCGAGGUCGUCGCCGACUACCAGCAGCGCGAGACAGAAGAAGUUCCACAGGCACUUCAGUCAGUCUUCGAAAUUUCGCUAUCAGGUGGCCGAGGAUGAGCGUGUACUGAAUUACUACAGCUGCGCGCUGGUGGGCGACAUCCUGCUACAAGGUCACCUGUACAUCACGCCCAACUACUUCGCAUUCUACAGCAAUGUGUUUGGCUACGUGACGAAGCUGUUGAUACCGACGGUGUCGGUGUUAAAGAUCAGUAAAGAGAAGACGGCGAAAAUCAUACCGAAUGCGGUGGCAGUGGCCACUGAAGAAGAACGCCACGUUUUCUGCUCAUUGCUCUCACGCGAUUCUACCUACAAGCUGAUGAAGCAGGUCUGGGACGCGGCGAUGGAGCCGCAAACGACGGUAGUCGCGUUACCGGAGAUUGACACCGACACGAAAUGUCUCGCGCCAGAUAGGCUGCUGCCAGACGACGUUGACGACGAUUCGAGUGUGUCCGAGAGUGGCACUGAACCACUUUUGGUACCGAAUCCUUGCAGUAAUCCUGAGAGUGCUCCUGAGACCACCAAUUUAGCACCCGUCAGACUAGAGACGGCAGUAUUAACAAAGACACUGACACCGAGCAAAUCCGAUAGACUGAGAUCUUUGUUUACGAAUGGAUUGAAACCUGGCCUGGUGAUAACGAUACUGGUAGCUCUCUUGGCAAUUCUUUACGUAUCGGCGGCUCUAAUGAUGAUGCGUAUUGACAGGCUGCACACCGCUUAUUUAAACCACCCCCUCGUCUCGCCGGAACGUUUUACGCAGGAUCGGUUGUUACACUAUCUUAACACGAACCUAGAUCAAAUAGUGAAGGUGCGGCAGAGUUUGCAGACGCUGUCGCAGCAAUUUGUAACGAUGAGCCGGGGUGGUAGCCAGACGGGAUCGGCCGGUGGUGUGGUGGAACCAGAAGAUGCGCCGAGUUAGCCCUCGACGAUAGAACUCGAUUCAAUUCAGCCAAAAAACGACACGAGGCCCCGUCGCCCCACUGGCGUACGUAGCAUUGCCUCGUGAAUAACGAUGCUGUUGCUAUCGUUGUCAUUGUCUUCGUCGUUGCUGCGCUACUCGUCGACGAUCGCGAGAAUCGAUUCUACGAGUAGAUCACCGCGCGAUCAUCUCCCUCCGAACAGGAGUUAUUGUCGUUUUAGUACCUAGACUUCCGUGGGAAUUUAGAGAGGCAGCUGUCUCGUAAAACGAGAGAUCUCGGGCUCAUCCCGAGCGCGUAUCUUUCUCGAGCGAACUUUAAAGCGACCCUCGAGCGCCCGCGCGAGCCGUAUUUGGAUUAUACGUUGUUUUAACUGAAACAUACACAUAUGGAUAAAUAUACCUCAGACACACAUAUAUAUAUAUAUAUAUAUAUAAACAUAUAAGUAUAAAAAAAACAAAGAUACGAAGGUAAGUGCAUGAAAGAAAGGGUGAGUGAAAGGGUUUUUGCUUUUCUUUUCUUUUUGAGCUAGUCACGCGUGUACCUAGGCCCUGGUACGACAAAAAAAUAGAAUGAACAAAAAUGGUAUAUGUAUAUAUACAUAU